AUGGUGCGAAUGUUUUAUAAAAUCUCAAUUUAUACAAGUGGAGAGGUCUUGAUGAAAAAGGGAAAGGAGUUAUGGGGCCAUAUUAAUGCCAGGGAUAUUUGUGAAGGCGAUGAUGGUUGUGGAACCUAUGUACAA